CUGAAACUCAGACCCGGGCGCAGGCGUACUCGUCUCCCUUCCGUCCUGCUUCCUCAGCCCUGGAGCUCCGCGGGACUUGGGUGGGUCUCGACCGCGGCAGCACCCGCGGAGGCGGUAGUGACAGCGACUGCGUGAGACUCGGAGGGAAAUGGCGAUGGCGAUGUCGGACAGUGGGGCGAGCCGUCUGCGGCGGCAGCUGGAAUCGGGGGGUUUUGAGGCCCGGCUGUACGUGAAGCAGCUCUCGCAGCAGUCGGACGGGGACCGGGACCUGCAGGAGCACCGGCAGCGCAUCCAGGCGCUGGCGGAGGAGACGGCGCAGAACCUGAAGCGCAACGUCUACCAGAACUACCGGCAGUUCAUAGAGACUGCCCGCGAGAUCUCCUACCUGGAGAGCGAGAUGUAUCAGCUCAGCCAUCUGCUGACGGAGCAGAAGAGCAGCCUGGAGAGCAUCCCGCUUACCCUGCUCCCGGCUGCCGCCGCCGCCGCCGGGGCCGCCGCGGCCUCUGGAGGAGAGGAAGGAGGAGGUGGCGCGGGGGGCCGAGACCACCUGCGGGGCCAGGCUGGCUUUUUUCCCACACCCGGGGGCGCCUCCCGCGACGGUGCGGGUCCGGGCGAGGAAGGGAAGCAGCGCACUCUUACCACUCUGCUUGAGAAGGUGGAAGGUUGCAGGCACCUGCUGGAGACGCCGGGGCAGUACCUGGUGUACAACGGGGAUUUGGUGGAAUACGAGGCGGACCACAUGGCCCAACUGCAGCGGGUGCACGGCUUUCUCAUGAACGACUGUUUGCUGGUGGCCACCUGGCUGCCUCAGAGGCGUGGGAUGUAUCGCUACAACGCCCUCUAUCCCCUGGAUGGUUUGGCCGUGGUCAAUGUCAAGGACAACCCGCCCAUGAAAGACAUGUUCAAGCUGCUGAUGUUUCCCGAGAGCCGUAUUUUUCAGGCGGAAAAUGCUAAAAUCAAACGAGAGUGGCUGGAAGUGCUGGAGGAAACCAAGAGGGCCCUCAGUGAAAAAAGACGCAGGGAACAGGAGGAGGCAGCGGCCCCACGAGGACCACCGCAGGUGCCUUCCAAGGCCAGUAACCCAUUUGAGGACGAAGAAGACGACGAACCAACUGUUCCUGAGGUAGAAGAAGAGAAGGUGGACCUCUCAAUGGAGUGGAUCCAGGAGUUGCCUGAAGACCUGGAUGUCUGUAUCGCCCAGAGGGACUUUGAAGGGGCCGUUGACCUGCUGGACAAAUUGAACCAUUACCUGGAAGAUAAGCCCAGCCCACCGCCUGUUAAAGAACUAAGGGCCAAAGUGGAUGAGCGCGUCCGACAGCUCACGGAAGUGCUAGUUUUUGAACUCUCCCCAGAUCGUUCCCUGAGAGGUGGUCCCAAGGCUACUCGAAGGGCAGUUUCUCAACUAAUCCGGCUUGGCCAGUGCACAAAGGCUUGUGAGCUGUUUUUGAGAAACAGGGCAGCAGCUGUGCAUACCGCAAUCCGCCAGCUUCGCAUCGAGGGUGCCACUUUACUCUACAUCCAUAAGCUAUGCCACGUCUUCUUUACGAGCCUCCUUGAGACUGCAAGGGAAUUCGAGACGGAUUUUGCAGGCACUGACAGUGGCUGCUACUCUGCCUUUGUGGUCUGGGCGAGAUCAGCCAUGGGCAUGUUCGUGGAUGCUUUUAGCAAGCAGGUGUUUGACAGUAAGGAGAGCCUCUCUACAGCGGCUGAGUGUGUCAAAGUGGCCAAGGAGCACUGUCAGCAACUGGGUGACAUCGGACUGGACCUCACCUUCAUCAUCCAUGCCCUUCUGGUGAAAGACAUCCAAGGGGCCUUGCACAGUUACAAAGAAAUUAUCAUCGAAGCCACUAAACAUCGCAACUCUGAGGAGAUGUGGAGGAGGAUGAACUUGAUGACUCCAGAGGCCCUGGGCAAGCUCAAAGAGGAGAUGAAGAGUUGUGGGGUGAGGAACUUUGAGCAGUACACCGGGGACGACUGCUGGGUGAACCUGAGCUACACGGUGGUUGCUUUUACCAAACAGACCAUGGGCUUUUUGGAAGAGGCACUGAAGCUGUAUUUCCCCGAGCUGCACAUGGUACUUUUGGAGAGCCUGGUGGAGAUCAUUUUGGUCGCUGUGCAGCAUGUGGAUUAUAGCCUUCGGUGUGAGCAGGAUCCAGAGAAAAAGGCCUUUAUCAGACAGAAUGCAUCCUUUCUAUAUGAGACCGUCCUCCCCGUGGUGGAGAAAAGGUUUGAGGAAGGUGUGGGGAAACCUGCCAAGCAACUCCAGGACCUGAGGAACGCAUCUAGACUUAUUCGUGUGAACCCCGAAAGUACAACAUCAGUGGUCUGAUGCUCGCGUCGUGGGUAUAUGUAUACGUAUAUGUUGCUCAUAUAUUAUUUAUAUUUAUAUAUUAAGUUGCAUUAGCAUAUUCUUUAUAGUCUCAAACACAGCUUAAAAAUAAAAGAUGCCCUCUCAAACAGAAAUGCAGAAUCAAAAGGAAAAAGAAAAGAAAGUUCCAAUUAAGCCCCAAUGACAAAACAUUGGAAUUGUUAAAAUACAUGCUUUCCUUUUAAGUUAUGCUAAGAAUAUGUUGUCAUACUGCAGCAUUUCAGUGUAUCCUUUGAGUCAAAACACACUUCCUUACAGUAUAUUUUAUGCAGCACAGAGAAAUCAUAUCUAAAAUACGUAGGGUUUAAGUAUGUUGUGAAGUUUCCCCGUUGACUAAAAUGUUAGGUUUCUUAAAGAGUACAGUUCCAUACAAAACACCCUGGUUCAUAUACUUCCCCACCUUAAAAUGUGAGUGAACAACUUUGGGAAAAGAAAGGAAUUGAGAAGAUUGGUUUUAGGGUACAUUUUGGUCAAAAGAAUUCCUUCUUAAAAGUGGCUAGGUUGUGGACUCCAGUACUUGGAACCUUCUAGAAUACGAGGGGGAGCUUUCAUAAAAACAGUUCAGCAAACAUUUCCAAUGUCAUUUGAAUGGCUGAUUAUUUUGAGCUGCUAAUUAGCAGCUUUAUGAUACUUGAUUUGGGAGCAUUUACUUGAAUCUUAAGGACUAUGGUAAAAAACAUUUUCAACAUGUUCCUGAACUGUGUGAAUUUCCAGCUGGAGCUUUUGUCUUUAUCAUAUUAAAAAAAUAAAAAUGAUUAAAGGAGCAGGGCAGACUGAGGAACCUGGCAACCGCCAGUGAUUUUUAGCUGCCUCCUCCGAUUUUUUCCGUGUAAAUUAUAUAGUGGCUCAGACUUCAUGCAGAUGGGAGAAAAGUAUACAUGGAAAUAUUUAUGUAGAUUUCAGGUCUGGGUGGAUGGGAAAAGAGAGAAAAUCAUAUGCACACCCUAUAGUGUUCUCAAGUAUGACUGCUUUGAGCAGAGAUCUGCUUUUGGGUUUUUUGUAACAAAGUAGAGAACAAAAAAGUGAGACAGUGUGCCCAAAGCAAAGGGAGGAAACGAACUUUUGGUGACUCCUACUGCAUGUUUCAUGUUUUAUAUUUUCCUUUAUUCUUAAAAGUGAAUAUAAUGCUUACUUCAGAUUGUUUAGUGAAACAAAAAUAGCUCAAGAUAUUUGAGCUUCCCAAGGUUUCUGAACUACUGUUUCUACUGUACCUUGAGCAUAUCUCUCAUCUGUGGAGAGAAAUUGUGCUCAGGUUCAUUUUGCCACUAGCUUUCAGUUGUGAUUCUUGUCCAAAAGUCCCAUUUCUGAUGCCACGGACUUCAAAAGGUCAUAUCUUUUUCCUGAAUUAAAAUAGUGAUAUUAAGACUGGAAAUUAGGUAAAACUUAAAAUUGCUUUCAAGAGUGGCUUAGGGUUGCGAAGCUCCUUGACGUCAUUACUCAUUGGCAGAGGAGCCCUUUUAUUUAUUUUUAGCGAUGCCUUUUAAGGGUGGAAAAUUAUCAGAGUUACAGAUUUUCUUUGAUUAAUUUUUCACAUACAGUUAGGAUUUUCUAGACAACAAAAAAACAACUAUAAAUUGUCUUUUUUAAGAUCACUGGAAACAUGAAUUUGAUAAAAACUUUUACGAUUACUUUGUGCAACUUACGGUUUCUAAAAUUAUAUUGUGUGAAACACAUAGCGUGUAAAUAUUUAAUGUUGGGUCCAGGAAAUGAUACUUUGGAAGUCAAAACUUAAGGCAUGAAGUUGUAAAAACUUAAAUGUAUAUACUCAGAUAAUUCAAAUGGUUGCGUCUUCAUAGAACCGUUUGCUUUUUAAAAUUGGAAGUACAGAAUUUUCUUCUGGUAAAAUCUGUGUGUUCCUUGAUCAGAGUUAUAGUUGUUGGUGAUUCAAUUACCGUGGGAAGUUGAUCAAAGACCACCACCAGUGUUACAGUGUACCUUUGUGCCAAGACAGAGCCAUUACAUUGCAUUCCCCAAAGUGGAAUCAGAGCUCUUCUCUAAUUCUUGUUUCCUUAGAUUCCCAAGUGCUAAAAUUGGAAUGAAAUUGUCCAAAAAUAUAUCGUACAUACUGUAAUAUACCACCGAAGAGUUGAUUGCCUUUGCUUGUUUGCCUCAAACAGAACACUGUCGCUCGAGCUUGGAAUCACAGACUUGAUUGAAUUCAUUACUGUUGCAAAAAAGACACCCUGUGGUAUUAAGUCUCUCUUUGAUUAAAGCCUCAUUUAAUUUAAAGUGCUGAACACUCACUUUUCUUUAAAAUACUACCUAUAGUUAAAUUAUCGGCACUUGUAUUUUGCAACUUGCUUACCUGGGAUUGGGAAUUUGGGGCUUGACAUGUAGGAUAAAAUCAGUACAUGUACAUCUUGCUUAUUGAUAUGCUGUGAUACGAGGGAAUCUGAAAUGUUUUAUCAAAAUAAAGCUUAAAAUUUUUCUUACGCUGGA